CUAAACACGGAGUUGGUUGGACGGUCAGAGCUUCAGUCAGUGUGCUGCUUAAAGCUAAUGAGCAGCAGCAGUAAUGGCUGUGGACUCAGAGCCAAGCGGCGGUUCGUUACCUGUAGCUGGAAUAGUGAUAGCAGUAGUGUCAAGUUUCAUCAAUGGGUCGACAUUUGUGCUUCAAAAAAAGGGAAUAUUACGCUCCCGCGACAGAGGAGGCUCGUACCUCACAGAUGUGGUGUGGUGGUCUGGGACAUUGUCCAUGGCUGUCGGUCAAAUUGGGAAUUUCCUGGCGUACAAUGUGGCCCCUGCUGUGAUAGUGACACCACUGGGAGCCCUGGGAGUGUUGUUUGGGGCUGUGCUGGCCUCUUGGAUCUUGAAGGAGAAUUUAAAUAUCCUGGGAAAGCUUGGCUGUGUGUUAUGUUGCUGUGGCUCCGUUGUGCUCAUCAUUCAUGCCCCUAAAGCAGAGGCUGUAACGUCGAGACUGGAGUUAGAGGAGAGGCUAUUUGACCCAGUGUUUGUGCUUUAUGCCCUCUUGGUGGUCCUGCUGCUGGUCGUACUAAUCGUGUGGAUUGCUCCAGCUCACGGCUCAUCAAACAUCAUGGUGUACGUUGCCAUAUGUUCCCUCUUGGGAAGCUUCACCGUUCCGAGCAGCAAAGGACUUGGUCUCGCUGCACAGGACGUCUUUGGAGAAGGGCCCCCGAGCAGCAGAGCUGUGGCUCUCUUCCUGGGCUUGCUGGGCACGUUGGCCGUCAGCAUCCUGAUACAGUUUGUCUUCAUCAACAAGGCCUUGGAGUGUUUCAGCUCCAACACCUUCGAAGCCAUAUACUAUGUGACCUUCACGUCCACUGUAAUUCUUGCUUCUGCUCUUCUCUUCAAGGAGUGGACUGCACUAACUUUAACUGACAGUCUUGGCAUGCUUUGUGGUCUGGCGACAGUGUGUGUCGGAGUCGUUUUGCUCCGCAUUUCCCAAGAGGCUUUGAUCACUUGGAAGAAGAAGACUGAUUGAGAUGCCUUCGUAUGACUUGUGCCAAACUGCAUUUCUUAUACCACUAUGAGAGAUUUGUCCUGUGAGUUUAAGUGACCAAAGCAACAGUAUAUUUAUUAUAACUACUUUCACCAACAUUAUACUUGAAUCCUUGCAGUUCCUUGUGAACAGUUCUUAGUUACUAUGUAAUAAUAAUCAUUCCUUUUUUAAUUUUUAUUAAUAUUCACAACUGCAACACUCAUCAUGUGACCGUCACUGCCCCUUUAGCAGCUUUCAAACGGCACACUCAAAUAUAGCUUGGGGAGCAGUUAAUUUGUCAACUUCACACACUAAUGUAAAGCAAACACUGGUGCUUGGUUAAACAGGAACUGAAAAUAAUUCAGUUUACUCUCAUGUAGAGUGUUACCUUGAAGGCUUUAAUGUUCUGCUAUCGCUGGACUGUAUCAGUGUGGAGUCGCCUACACUUUGACUUAUUCAGUGUGCCUCUGAAUUAUUCAGUGUCAUUUCAGAAGCAGUGUCUUUAGUGCCGGACUUGUGUAGAAGAUGACUAUCAACAAUGACUGAAUCUUUUAAUGGAGGGAUUUGGAAAGCUGAUAUGACAAAUAUGAACUUUUGCUCUGGAGCCACUAGCUGUUCUGUCAUGAUGUGUUGCGCCUUCAUGUUAUUAACAAGUAAUUAAAACAUAAUUUGGAUUAUUAUGGAUUUUUUAUGUACAUUAUUUAACCGUUUACACUCAUUUCUGUAACAGCAUGUGUCAGCUUUGGGCUGGCUUCGGUGAGUCUUUGUCAUACAGAAGUGUGAUUAAGAUGAAGAAUCUAACUAACUAAAUCAAACUACUUACAUAUCACCUGUAAAAUAUUUUGGCUUUCCUCAUACCAGAUCUUUAAUACACAGCCAGGUUUUUGGAGAAAGAAAAAAACUAACUCAGGGUAUUAUUUAUAAUAACUUUACUUAUUAUUAUUAUUAUUAUUAUUAUAUUUACAAUAACUCAAUUAAUUUAGUAAGUCGUUUGACUCACUGUUAUUAAACUAAUAAGUUGAAUGUCCCACACAUUUUGGAAAUGUUUAUGGUUUUGAAUAAACAAGCAUUUUCUAAUCCC